AAUCUGGAGAGAUCAGCUUCCAAGACUUCUGUUCCCUGAGCUCGAGAUUUAUGGAGGAGGACACGGACACAGAAGCGAUGCAACAAGAACUACGUGAAGCUUUUCGUUUAUACGACAGGGAGGGAAACGGGUAUAUCACCACCGACGUGUUCAGAGACAUUCUUCAUGAACUGGACGACGCACUGUCCCCUGAAGAGCUGGACAUGAUCAUCGAUGAAGUGGACGCUGAUGGCUCAGGCACUGUAGAUUUCGAGGAAUUCAUGGAGGUCAUGACAGGCUAAAUUAUCAGCUUGGCACGGCGGCCGUCCCUCGCGAAUCACGCAAGACGCACCCCGGUUGGUUCUAAACACACGUGGGGCCAGCGUUUCGAAGCCGGGAGAUGUAUGGCACUGUUGGCAAUGCAUGAAGUUAAAGGUUCGCAGGUGAUGCCUGAGGUAUAGCCGAGAAAGUAUUUCUGACGGCUCGCUUUUGGACUCACAAUCGGCUGAAAUUUAUUUCUAUCCGAUGACCGAGGGUUACUCAGCCAUGGCUUCGGAUUCGAACGUUUUCCGCAACUUCAAUCUUUCCUCUAUAAUAAAUAAAAAAGAGAACGUGGAUGAUUCGACUGAUUUUCUCACUGAUUUUUAUCCACUCAUAGUUUGGUUUUUUAUUUAAUCAAAAAAUGUUAUGGAUUCUAGUUGUCAACUUCAUGCCUGGCUCUGCCAUCAGUGGACUACAGAUUUUUAUGCACAACUGAGAUCAUUUAU